ACGACGGUAGGAAAAUGGUCAAAUCUCAUUUUUUUUUUCAUAGGUGAGAUCCGGUUGAAGUUCGACAAAAAGUGAAUUUAGCCUCUCCCGGCCUCCCCACCCUUCGGCGUGCCUGUCAGUCCCGCCUCGAUCCGAUCGGCGAAAGGGGAGGGAAUGUCGUCGUCGUCGGCGGCGGAACAGCAUCGCCACCAUGCCGUAGGCGGCGGCGAGCUAGUGCCGCUCGGGGCUCUCAUAAAGGAGGAGUCCCGCACCGAGCGGCAAGCAGUCACUCGGAGCAGGAUCUGCGCGCGUGAGGAUGGAGGAGUAGGAGGGGAAGUUGGGGAGGUGGAGACGCGGCGGCCACUGCUACGCUAUGGGUGCGCCGCGCAGUCCAAGAAGGGGGAGGACUUCUUCCUCCUCAGGACCGACUGCGCGCGCCCCUCUACUUCCUCGUCCUCUUCCACCACCUCGCAUCCCCCCACCUUCGCCGUUUUCGCCGUUCUUGACGGGCAUAACGGCGAUGCCGCCGCAAUAUAUACAAGGGACAAUCUGCUCAAUCAUGUCCUGAGUGCGAUGCCACGGGGACUUUCCCGGGAGGAGUGGUUGCAUUCUCUGCCCCGUGGGCUUGUCGCAGGGUUCGUCAAGACCGACAAGGAAUUCCAAACCAAAGGCCAAACUUCGGGCACAACUGCCACAUUUGUGAUAAUCGACGGCUGGACUAUCACUGUUGCUUCAGUGGGCGAUUCUCGCUGUAUUUUGGAUGCUCAGGGUGGGGCUGUUUCUUUGCUUACAGUUGAUCACCGACUAGAAGAAAAUGUCGAGGAGAGGGAGCGUGUCACAGCGAGUGGAGGUGAAGUUGGAAGGCUUAGUGUGGUUGGUGGAGCAGAGAUUGGUCCACUGCGAUGCUGGCCAGGAGGUUUGUGCCUAUCCAGAUCCAUUGGAGACAUAGAUGUUGGUGAAUUUAUUGUACCUGUUCCUUAUGUCAAGCAAGUGAAGUUGUCAAAUACUGGUGGGAGGCUUAUUAUUGCUUCAGACGGCAUUUGGGAUGCAUUGUCCUCAGAUACAGCUGCAAAGUGUUGCAGAGGGUUGCCUGCUGAACUCGCUGCCAAGCAAGUAGUUAAGGAGGCACUCAAGACAAGGGGCCUAAAAGAUGACACGACAUGUGUCGUUGUUGACAUAAUCCCAUCUGAUCAAACGAUACGCCCUCUAUCUCCACCAAAAAAGAUGAAUAAGUUGAAGUCUCUGAUUUUUAGGAAAAAAACAAAGGACCAGCCCAAUAAAUUGACUAAGCAGCUUUCUUCAGCGGGUAUGGUUGAAGAGAUAUUUGAAGAAGGUUCAGCGAUACUCUCAGAGAGGUUGGGCAAUGACUCAGGUAGUUGGAGAACAUCGUCAAGCUUGUUUACAUGUGCCAUCUGCCAGGCAGGUCUUGAACCAAGUGAAGGUACAUCAGUUCAUGUAGGUUCAGUAUUCUCUUCGAGCUCCAAGCCAUGGGAAGGCCCUUUCCUUUGUUCUGAUUGCCGUGACAAGAAGGAUGCCAUGGAAGGUAAACGACCUAGUGGCGUGAAAGUACUGUGAUCAGUUACAGUCAACCACCAUUGUAGCUUCCGCAAACUCUCACCUUAUUAUUCACUGUGAGCAUCCUUGUAUUACAAAAAUUUCGUUCAAUUUAGGCAAUUUGGGUCAUGCAGGCUGCAUUUUUAUUUUAUUGUGUGGGGAACUAGCCAACAUUGUAAGUAGAACUUGGGAAAAGGAUUUGUGAAGCUAGUGUGAGUAGAGAGAGGGCUCUUGAACUAACAGCAGCUCGCUUCUCGUGAGUUGAGUAUGAUAAUCCUUCUUUAUUUUAACUUAUUGAUGCCUUUA